AUGUCGCUAUUACCUCCACCUGGUGUUUACAGAAGAGGCCGGUAUUCUGACUCGGUCUAUCUGUGCGGUGGCUCAUCAGCAAAAAGCUUUUCUGGGCGUCUCCUCGAGGAACAUCGUAUAAGUGAGGCUCACAUCAGAAACUUCGUCUGGUGGUCAAAUUCAUCUUUGUUUCACAAACUGAACAAGCUGCCGCUCGCGAGCUCGCACUUGCCAGGAGGUUAUGAGACAGAAUCGCAAUUGGCCUUGCCUGAAGAAAAGGAGGAAUACGGUACAUUGGACUACAAUCCCCUGUCUUCAUCGGCCGAGGAAGCCAUGUCUCGAGAUCGCGUCGUACACGAGGUCGAACCGACGGUAGAAAUGAAGAAGGACCCUUCGCGCCCAGACUUCAAUCUGCCCUCAAAAUUGGAUACGCCAGAUGGACGAAGUACAGAUGGACGAAGUGCAGAUAUCCUGCACAAGCAGAACGAUUCGGACAGAGUCUGUCAUCGAUGCAGCACGGCUUGUGCGGAUCUGACGUACAUCAUUCAACAUGAGAACAACCUUGCGAGCAUGACCGACGACGUUGGAAAUGACAUGCAAAAAGUCCCGCCGAAUACAGGCUGCCUCUGCCUCGAUUGCAUCCAGCUCAUGAUGGAAAGAAAGCCCGCGUGUGAAAAUAAGCAAGAGAUAUCCCCUUACAACAUGGAUGGAGCUUGUGAGAGGGAAAAGAUCCUAGAAGCGGCUGAAAAGCUUCACCCUCCCUUAACGGAGAAGGAAAUCUUCUUCAACUACUUGCCAGAGGCCCCAACACUUGAGCCAGGUGAAGGGUCGAACUCUGUAAAAGGCGUCCGGCUCCGGCGUCAGAAACAGUACGAGAUUGUCCGGAUUCAACAGCAACUCGAAGAAAUGGACCAUGCCCAUAUCGUGCAAUCAUUGUACCGUGAGGACAGUGAAGCAGAUGACAGCCAAUCAGAGGAUGGCAAACCCGACCUCCGCCUUGUGCCUCCAGUGCCCUAUGAGCCUUACAGGCACAGGUACAGGAAGCAAGGGUUGGAGUGGAAAAACCGCCUGGACCAUUUAAGAGAGCAGGAGACUGAGCCGCAGACUGAGGAAGAGACUGGCCAGAGUUCCGAAUGUGAUGGCGAAAGUGAUCCUGAGUCUGGUGCGAACAAGCUGAUCCCCAGCGAGGAGAUAAGACCUACCUGCUGGUGCCUUCAGACCCUCUACCACGAGAAAAUGAUUCGCUGCAGUUCGGUCGCGUGCCCUUAUGGAUUUAUACACCUUCGUUGCUCGGAUCUUGAGGAGUUACCCAAACCUAUUGAAGAGUAUGUUUGUCCGCGUUGCACGAAAUGCGCUUUUGAGGGGGCGGGAUCAACUCUCGAGGAAGGAUCCAUAAGUCGAAGCUCUACUGUUGGCUCUAUUGUUGGCACUCCUAGGGGUUAUGAAGCGAGCAUUAGUACCAACGAACAGUCAUCUGAUGAUGAAGGGCUUGAUCAAGACGAUGCUGAGAACGACGACCAUGUGCCGCAAGUCUCUGGUUGGGUUGCUGUCAAUAUGUGA